GGGGUGAGUUGUCUGCCUUUUGCCCGAGACCCCUGCCCAGGGGUAGAUUGCCGUCUGUUGCCCGAGACCCCGCCAGGGGUAGGUUGCCCCUGUUGCCCGAGACCCCUGCCCAGGGGUAGGUUGCCCGUCUGUUGCCCGAGACCCCUGCCCAGGGGUAGAUUGCCACUUGUUGCCCGAGACCCCUGCCCAGGGGUAGGUUGCCCACCUGUUGCCCGAGACCCCUGCCCAGGGGUAGGUUGUCCGCCUGUUGCCGAGACCCCUGCCCAGGGGUAGAUUGCCACUUGUUGCCCGAGACCACUGUCCAGGGGUAGGUUGCCCACCUGUUGCCCGCCUGUUGCC